UGUAAUGGCGGCAACUGUUUCAACAGCAUUGCUCUCUUUCUUGCUAAUAAUGUCGUUGGCCGUGGAAUGUAGACAACAUAACGGAGUUUACGGCGGCGGCCCUUGGCAGAGCGCCCACGCCACAUUCUACGGCGGCAAUGACGCCUCCGGCACUAUGGGGGGCGCGUGUGGUUACGGCAACUUAUACAGCCAGGGGUACGGCGUGAACACGGCAGCGUUGAGCACAGCUCUGUUCAACGACGGGUCCAGCUGUGGUGCUUGUUUCCAAAUCAAGUGCGUGAAUGACCCACAAUGGUGCCACGCUGGAAACCCCUCGAUUUUCGUGACAGCCACCAACUUUUGUCCUCCCAAUUAUGCACUCCCUAAUGACAACGGCGGGUGGUGCAAUCCUCCUCGCCCUCACUUCGACCUAUCCAUGCCCAUGUUCCUCAAAAUCGCCCAGUACCGCGCCGGGAUCGUCCCCGUCUCGUUUCGCAGGGUGGGAUGCAAGAGGGAGGGAGGGAUGAGGUUUACGAUGAAUGGGUUCAAAUAUUUCAAUCUGGUACUGAUAACCAACGUGGCAGGCGCUGGGGACAUUGUGAGUGUGCGCAUCAAGGGGUCGAAGACAGGGUGGAUGAGCAUGACACGUAAUUGGGGUCAAAACUGGCAGUCAAACGAUGUGUUAGUGGGUCAAUCACUGUCGUUUAGUGUUAAAGGCAGCGAUGGAAGGGUUUUGACUUCCUCCAACGUUGUUCCUUCUCAUUGGCAGUUUGGUCAAACCUUCACUGCCAACAAUUUCAGAUUCUAAUUGCUCCAUUUUGGGUUUCAAUUUUUCAGAAAUUUAUAAACUAAAGUAUGUAUGUAUGUAUGUGGGUAAGUUUUAAUGUUAAGUUUGUGGUAAUGAUGAAAGAGCUCCAUCUCUACUUUA